UAAUAUGAUUCAGUGAGAUAUGGAUCUAACUGGCUGCUUUCUGUUGUAGGUUGUGACGAAUACGAUCUCAAUGAUAGGAUCGCAAAUCUCCGAGAAGAGUGCAAGAACGAAGUGAUGCUGACAGACCCACGGGACGACAAAGCCAACACUAUUAGCGAAUUUGGAGAACGGGUGGAAGGUACCUGUACUUGGAUUAAAGAAAACAAGAGCUAUCAAGCAUGGUACCAAGAGCAGGGCUCCAAGCUUCUUUGGAUAUGUGGUCCACCAGCAACUGGAAAAACAUAUAUGUCAAUCUUCCUAACUGAUGAACUCGAGAAAGCGAUCAAAACGGAAUCUUCAAUGGAAAAUGAUUCUGAGCUACUUGUGUUCUAUUUCUGUUCUGCACAGAAUAAUAAACGAAGCACUGGAAUCGCUCUCCUUCGUGGCUUAAUCUACAUGGUAUUAUUACAAAAACCGAAAUUAGUUGAUUAUAUACUGGACGACUUUAUUCAGUUCAAACAGCAUAAUGGUCUCUUCGCCCCAUCGAAUAGAGAAGCACUGUGGAGAAACUUUGAGAAAAUUCUACAGAAAAUUGAUACAAGAAAGAUAUAUUUCGUUUUAGAUGCUCUUGAUGAGUGUGAAAAGCACUCAUUAGAGUGGCUUCUCCAAAAACUUACAGGCCUUUUUUCCUCGAACACACAGCCUCCAAAAACUAUACUGAAGAUCAUAAUUACAAGUCGUCAACUUCCAGAAGUGCUCUCUGUUUAUCUUUCCCAAUUUCCUCACGUGAACGUCAAUUCAGGGGAAAAAUAUUUGGAAUAUGAUCUCAAACUUUUCAUCUCGUCUAAGAUUAAGAGUUUAGCAGAUGCAAAAAGCAGUAUAGAAAAGGAUGAGAAUAAAAGGGCAAAAUUAAGGAUAAAAUGGCUUUUAGCAACUCAACCACUAACCAGUUAUACAAACGAAACUUUCUUGUGGAUUAGCUUUAUCAUCAGAGAUCUCAGAAAAGCUUUACUCACAGAAGUACCGCAGAUGCUUGAAAAACUACCACGAGGAUUGGAUAAUUACUACGAGAGAAUUCUUUAUCAGAUUUUAGAGCUUGGAGAGGCUAAAUCUCUAACUGCUGCCUUAAUCAUCCGAUGGGUAGCUAUGGUUAGGCGGCCUCUUAGUCUGGUGGAGUUAAGUGCUGCAACGGAUACACUACCCACACAAACCCACUCUCAAGAAGAAGUGAUGAAUGACCAUAUCAGCCUUUGUGGUUAUUUCCUAAAAGUCGACAAUGGUGUGGUUCACCUCAUUCAUCAAUCUGCCAAAGAUUACUUGAGGAGCAAUAUCUUGAAAAAAAGAGGGCAUCCGCUCAGUCAGUUUCAUAUUGUGGAAACGGAUGUGGAUUUUCAAAUAGCACAAACUUGCUUGAAGUACAUCCAGGGGAAAUUCGAAAGGGGCGGCCCCUAUGAAAAUGGUCGAGAAUACACUCUCAGUCCUAAGCUGUUCUGUACAGAGUUAGAAGAAUUUCAACGCUUCCCUCUACCAGGAUACUCCACCAAUUGGUGGCCUGAACAUGCUAGACGCUCAAAAAAGGACAACGCCCUUUUAAACCUCUCUUUUUUCUCAUCAGACUCAUCUACUCGUCAAGCCUGGAUACACAGUUAUUGGCGCACAAAUAUGCCAAAAUGGCAAACUCCAGGGACGUCGUUCAAUUUGAUCCAUUUUUCAUCAUUCUUUGGUCUAAAAUUAAUUGCUCGGAGUAUUGUUUCUUCAAACAGUCUCACCAAACGAACACUCCACGAUACUGUUAACUCCAAGUCUAUUCAUGACAUGUCCCCUCUGCACUGGGCUGUCAGAAAUGGACACCACAGUGUCGCUAAGCUUCUUAUAGAUUAUGGAGCUGAUUUGAACGCAAGAGGCUAUGGCCUACCUCCCUUAAUCUGGGCAGUACGCAACGGUCAUAAGAAACUCGCAAAAAUGCUUCUCGAUCACAGUGCGGAGAUCGACAAGAUGGGGUAUGGCCUGAUGGCGCUCCAUUGGGCUUCCUGGGAGGGACAAGAGGGAAUGGUUCAACUGCUUCUUGAUCAUGGAGCCGAGAUCUCUGCGACGACUCUAUCGCAGAGUGUUGUCCCCUUGGAUAUGUCGGCAGCAAAAUGUUGUGCCAUGUUAUAUUAUCUUUACCGUAUUCGACAUAAGAUUCCCGAAGGGGCGGCAAUAUUCGAUAUAGAUAAUAGAUAUAUUGAACGAGGCUUGAAAACCAUUAUGGAUCUACCGUACUACUAUAACAAAGACAAACAUGGAGAAUUUCCAUGGUCCACAGUUCAAGAAGCAAAUAUCGUUUCAAAACUUGCGCGGGAGGAAGAGUUGCUUUCCAGUAAAGAAUUCAAAAGGUUUAUUGUCUGUCUGGCUUGUGGUAUGACUAUCUUGUCCACCCUCACGACAGCCUCCGAAUUCUAUCCGAAUAUAACAGAUGACCUAAAUUCAAAAGCUCCUCCUCACGAGAGGCAGUUUGGAUGGCGUGAAGCAAUCUGCGUGUGUUACUUCGGAAUACAAUCGAUUUCGACUCCAGACAUAUUUCGGUCGUUUCCUGAUUCCCUUGCGCCCUUGAAAUACGAUAUACUACUUGGAAAUUACAUAUCUCAGAUAAUAACUGUACUCCUAUAUCCAAUUUUCGUGCGAAUGCGUCUUGCAAUAUAUUCUGGCUUAUUUACGACUUUCACAUGCGUCCUUGUUUGCAGUGUUUACCGCCUUCAUAGAGAUACUUGGCUCCAUAUUUUCAAAGGGAUGUCAGGACCAUUCAAUGUGAUUUUGUCUGUGAUGAUGUUCCUUCCACUAUGUUGCACUUUUAUUUAUUGGAAUUGUCACCUAUUUACUGUGUUGACCAUGGGAACCUCCUUUAUCUCCGUCAGAGAAUAUUGGGGAGAAUUUUGGAAUCCGUCACGCGGCCACACGCCAGCAGAAUUGGCUGCAUCCCGGCGAUUUGUUGGUGUUUUGAAGCUGCUUGGGGUGGAGGAUGAGGCUAGUCUUCGCCAGUCAAAACUUUCGUUAAAAGAAAUUGCUAACAUAGUGUUUGUUGUGUUCUUGCUACUGGCUUUGCCUGUUAUCCAUUUUUUCAAUUAGCUGCAGGGUAGAAUGUGAAAUUCAUGAACAUCAACAUAAUUAGGGAAAGGAUCCAUUCGCACUUCGCCUAAUAUAAAUCAGGCUUGUGUCUUGCUUGUAUAUUACUGCCACAGAAGCGUCCCUAAAGACCUACUCUGUGUCUUUCUGAAGAGGUCACUUUACGCAUUAGAGGAGGCGCUUCUAAAGCAUGUUUACCUACCUUAUUCCCUGAUUCUCUACCUCGCCCCGAACAUCACCUUGUCUGUGUAUUGCUACCUUUGG